AUGUCGAGCCGUUCGUCUUCUUCUUCUGCCCGCGAAUUAGAACUUCAGAAGGAUGUGAAAAGGCACGAGGUUGCUCUAGAUGAAUUGAGCUGUCUCUCUUCUUCUCGAAGUGUCUACCAGAGAAACGGAAACCUCUUCUUCCUCACAGCUGCCAAGAAAGCGAAAAUCGAUGCGGAGAAACAACUAGACCACGCUAAAUCUGAACUCGCCAAGAUUCGUUCGCAGACACGAUGAACAAUGGAGCUUGUACUUUGCCUCUUGUCUUUUUGCUUAGUCUUAUGUAUUGCUUCGACUUGUAGUUUGUUGAUAUGAUUGAUGCUAAUACCAGUUUUCAUUAUAGUUGGAUAAA